UCCACAGAGAUUAUCGUUCUUCAAUAAUGUCAUGGCGUGGGUUGUGUAAAGGAGGUGUACACAUAUGGACAGCAGGGGCUUGGCGCUCGUCUGGAACAUAUUCCCGUCCUGCUUUGCAGGACCAUUAUCAGGUGCUGGGUGUUGGAAGAGAAGCAUCAGUCAUUGACAUUAAGAAUGCCUUUAUUGACCUAUCAAAGAAGUGCCAUCCUGACAGUGACCCAUCAAAUCCUUCCCUCCAUGCCCAGUUUGUACGUGUUAAUGAAGCAUAUAAAGUGCUGAGCAAACAGUCUUCCCGCAAGCAUUAUGAUCAGAUCUUGGAGGCAAUAAAGCAAAAUGGGCCGGCCUAUAGAAACCAGAGUCCUUAUAAGAGAGCCAGCAAAGCACACAGUACAACAAACACCUCCAGAAAAGAAGAAGAGGCGUAUAACUGGUAA